UUCAAAAUUAAACAAUUUACAGUUGAUUCCCAUACAAUCAUGGCGUCACCUCGUCCAAAAUCGCCCCGUCCGCCUAUUUCAGCCAAAAAAGAUGAUAAAGAGGAGAGUUUUUGGGACAAAAUUGGAACCCUAGGACGUAAAAAACGCAUCAAGGAGGUCCAAGAAGUACAAGAAGAAGGAAAAUAUGCUAUUGACUCGCCAGGACUUGCCGCAAACCCCGAAUUACCUCCGGAAGAAUACAACAUCGAAGAAAAUGAGGAACGUUCAAUGAUCGAACCAAAGUCCCUCGAAGAGCCAAAAGUACUCGAAUUAAUUUCUGUUCUGAUAGAAUGGAUCAACGACGAAUUAGCUAAUCAGCGGAUCAUUGUAAAGAACAUCGCUGAAGAUCUUUAUGAUGGCCAAGUACUUCAAAAACUGUUAGAAAAAUUGACGGGGAGAAAAUUGGAUGUUCCGGAAGUUACUCAAUCAGAGGAGGGACAAAAACAAAAACUUGAGGUCGUUCUUCAUGCUGCAAAUCAUGUUCUCGGACGUUAUCCACCUUAUAAAUGGAGCGUCGAGUCAGUGCAUUCAAAGAACAUCGUAGCUAUUUUGCAUCUUCUGGUUGGCUUGGCACGGCAAUUUCGAGCGCCUGUUAGAUUGCCGGAACGUGUUUCUGUUUACGUUGUCGUUGUAAAAAAGAAGGAUGGACAAUUGAUUCACAGAACUGUGAAAGAGGAACUCACUUCCACGUAUGACGACGUUGGAAUGCGAUGUGAACGAGAUGCUUUUGAUACUCUCUUCGAUCAGGCUCCUGAAAAAUUGGCAGUCGUCAAGAGGUCUUUAGUGACUUUUGUGAACAAGCAUCUGAGCAAAGUUCACUUGGAAGUCACGGACUUGGACUCUCAAUUCCACGACGGAGUUUUCCUGACUUUGUUAUUGGGACUUCUUGAAGGAUUUUUCGUGCCCUUGGGAAGUUUCCAUCUGACUCCAAAGACUCACGAACACAAAGUUCACAAUGUUGCAUUUGCUUUCGAGCUUAUGCAAGAUAUCGGUUUGCCGAAACCGAAAGCCAGACCUGAAGAUGUGGUGAAUUUAGAUCUGAAAUCAACACUUCGUGUAUUAUACAAUCUCUUCACCAGAUAUAAAGGAAUCAACUAAAUCAAUUGAAUCAGCACUAAUCAAAAGAGGCGAUUUACAAAACAAAUCACACUAGCAAAAGGAGAUCAUUAUUUAUGAUCAGUCGAGUUCCAAGAAUUCUGAACCAGUCAUAAAACUUAUAAUUAAUGUCCAUUUUCUCUUCUAUUUUGGAUAGGAAAACUUUUAUUCAUUUUACUAACUAUAAAUAGUAUGGUAUUCUGUACUUUCGAAAAACGUCAAUGAAACUGCCAUCGUUUUCUUAAUAUUUUUAAUUUACUGAAAUCCGACUAGAAGCCGAUUUUUCCUUUUUCAUUCAAGGUAUUCUUGAAUCUAGCGAUUUUGCUAGAAAAAUCGGCCUAUUGCCUAACAGUUUCAAAUAACGGAAUGACUUUUAUAACCUCACGUGCCUUUUGUUACGAGGAGUGAAAUUAACUAGGACCAUAGGUUUUUAAAAAUAUUUACUGCUAUUUUAUUGAACUGCAAGACGCUUGAUUGUCUUUAUACAAUCUUGUAUUUUAAUAUUUGAAUCAUUUACAGUUUAAAUCUUGCCUAUUUGAGAAAAAUUUGAUAGUAUAAGUCACUUUUUCAGAGCCUGCGGUCCCGAUAUUAAUAUUGUAAUAUUACUCGACACUUCAAAAAAUUAACGUCUACGUGUACAAAAAUUUUUACAUAGUCUAGCUGUUAUACUCAUUCGUGUAUUUAUAUCUCAGAACGAAAUAUAUUUAUAUUUACAAUUAAA